UGCAAUCUUAUAUUCCCAUAGAAAUGGACGUAGAGGAGACCCAAACCACCUCCAACACCGUAAGGUCCGAAAUCGCUGUUCCCAAAGCGUCGGCUGCACCCGUUGCCGCUCCACGGACCAGGGUUAUGCGACCACCGCCAUCCACCGAAGCAGUCAGGGAGAUGAGGGAAGAGCAGCUGUUGGAGCCACAGGGGCCUCCAUGUUGCAGCCUGUGCCAUCGCCCACACGCCCUGAAACGAUGUACCAUCUUUAAGAGCAUGAAGCCCGCUCAACGAAAACAGGUUGCAAGAGCCCAUGGGCAUUGCAUGACCUGCCUGGCAGAUGACCACGCCACCAUAGAGUGCUGGGCCGACGGCGCCUGUCAAUAUUGCCAGAGGCCCCAUCACACUCUUUUUCAUCGUUUUCCCCGCCGAGCCAAUCCGUCGGAAAGUAGCACCAACACCCGUACCAGACCACGCAUCGAUGCUAUCCGGCGACGUCGAAGCAGCCAAUCAACGACAACACGUACACGGCCAUCUCCGCCACGCCAGGCUCAUCGUCAGCAACAACGACGCUCAACAGGGUUGAGCGCUGUACUUAACACACUGCAACAGCUGCAGCGGCUCCUAGCCGAUUAACUCGCCUAGGGGGGCCGGGAUGUUCACAUGAGCUAUGAGCAUUCUGCAACAUCACAUCACCACACAUCACGUCACGUCACAACACCUCAUCACACACCAGCUCACAGCAUACCCCAAUACACACACACGCAUCAAACACCGAUCAUUACUACAACACAACAACCAUACGAUUAUUAACGAGACGACUCGUAAUGUCAGCUAAUAUUCACCACCCAAACCAUCAAAAGGGAUUGAUACGACCGGGAUUGGGCUCUUACCGUUUGCAUCCGAGAAGCAAAGCAGUCGUCCGUGACAUUUAAUUUUCAUUUUUUUCAACGCAAUCAUCAACGCAAAUUUCCUAUUAAAAACGCCAAGUGACGGGAGUGAAGUGAAUCACCAAGUUCGUCCACCGUGUGCAGCAGUGGGUUCCGCAGAACGUCACAACAAAAUAUACACAUAGAGUAUAUAUACAUAUAUACAUCAAUUUUGGAAUCAAAUAAAUUUUAU